AGCCAGAAACAGAGUUCGAGAGAUGCAAUCGUCUCUGAGUUCCCUACCAUGGCCGGCUAAUCGCAGAAGCAGAGUUCCGAUAUCUCACCAAAUCGACCAAACGACGAAGUUUCGAUGUCGUUUUCAACUUUCUCAGCUCCUCCAGCAACUGUCCCUCUUUGCUYCAAUGGCCGCAGAAUCCCCUACCGCGGCUACCAUAUUGGGCCAGAUAGCUUCCGAUCAGGAAGAGCUUCCAAUUUCUGCCGGAUCUUUCGUGGCUUGAAACUCUGGAUAAGUGAGAGCCUAAGCGUUCUGCAACAUAAUGGGAAAUCAGGACUAUCACAGAAGUUCAAGACUAUAAAAAACCAUAAACAGGACGAAUUUGAAAAACCUUUUGAGGAAACUUUGUCACAUGCAUGGCAAGUCCCUGAAGCAGUCCCAGAAUCAAACUUUUCCAGUGAUUCCAAUUCAGAGGCAACUAAAGUAACUGCACAUCCUGCAGCAUCUGGUAAUCUGCAAGGUGAUGCUUCAGUGGAURCUGAAGUUUCCUCAGCGUCUACUUCGCCGUUGCCACAGUCACUUAUGCCAAACUACGUCGCCGGGGAUGAAAAGGUACCAUUGCUCAGUAUUGCUGUCGUUGGAGCUACUGGUGAGCUAGCAACCAGAAAAAUUUUCCCAGCGCUGUUUGCGUUGUAUUAUAGUGGCUUUCUUCCUGAGAAUGUCGGCAUUUUUGGUUAUUCGAGAAAGAACAUAACAGAUGAAGAACUACGGUCUAUUAUAUCUGCCACUUUAACUUGCCGCAUUGAUCACCAACAAAAUUGCAGUGACAAAAUGGAUGCAUUUCUGAGUAGAACAUUCUAUGUCAAUGGAGGUUAUGAGAAUAAAAAGGGCAUGUCAAAGCUCAAUUUCCUGAUGGAGCAGAUUGAGGGGUAUUCCAAAGUUAACAGGAUAUUUUACCUCUCCGUGCCACAAGAUGCCCUUCUAGAUGUUGCAAGCUCUCUGUCGAGUAAAGCUCAAACGCAAAAGGGUUGGAAUCGUGUUAUCAUCGAGAAACCUUUUGGCUAUGAUAUGGUGUCUUCUCAUUUCUUGACAAAAUCUCUUCUUUCUCAAUUUGAGGAAAAGCAAAUUUACAGGAUUGACCAUCUUUUAGGGAAGAACCUUAUUGAAAACCUUACRGUUUUGAGGUUUGCUAAUUUAGUUUUUCAGCCACUAUGGAGCCGUACAUACAUAAGCAAUGUACAGGUCAUUUUGUCAGAAGAACUUGGAGUUCAAACAAAAAGAUUUUUGGAUGGUGGUGGGAUAAUUGGAGACAUAAUACACAGCCAUAUACUACAAACUAUAGCGUUACUUGCCAUGGAACCGCCCAUUAGUCUAGAUGGUGAAGCUAUUCGAAAUGAGAAGGUUAAGCUUCUGAGAUGCAUUCGUCCAUUGGAUCCCAGUGAUGUUGUACUUGGACAGUACAAAUCUAGUACUAAGGACAAAGUCAACCUUUUUCUCGAGGACCUGACCCCAACGUAUUUUGCUGCUGCUUUGUACAUUGAUAAUGCACGUUGGGAUGGUGUCCCUUUUUUGAUCAAAUCUGGCUUGGGACUAAUCAAACACAGUGUAGAGAUCCGUAUACAAUUUCGCCAGGUUCCAGGAAACAUUUAUCGUGAGCACAUUGGGUAUAAUACUGACUCUGCAACUAACGAGAUCAUUUUGCGCGAUGUACCUGAAGAGGCCAUUCUUGUGAGAGUUAACAACAAGGUUCCUGGAUUGGGAUUGCGAUUGGAUUCUCCAGAGCUCAAUUUGCUUUACAAAGACAAGUACAAUGUAGACAUGCCUGACUCAUAUGAGCAUCUCCUCAUUGAUGUCAUCGAUGGGGACAGCCAUUUGUUCAUGAGAAGCGAUGAACUCGCACUCGCAUGGAAUAUCCUAACUCCGAUCCUGAACGAAAUCAACAAGAACAACAUAAAGCCCGAACUUUACGAAUUCGGCGGCAGGGGUCCCAUCGGAGCGUAUUAUCUCUGGGCAAAACACAGAGUUCGAUGGGUCGAGGAGUAAGCAACAGCCAACACAUUCUGUAGCAAGAUAUAUGUCAAAUGAUUGAUGAAUCAUUACAUUCCUCAUCCAAACGCAGAGUCUUGGACAUAAAAUUUCAACCCAGUAGAACCACAUGAUGAUGCAACUGCUGGUUUCAAUUCUCAACUUAGUUCCUUGUGCUGUUGCAUAGAAUUAAUCUGCCAUUGAUUUACAAUGGAAGAAUAUGAGGAUGUACUGUACCACAUGGAUUGAAUCAUUGAACCUAAAUUAUUGUGACAGGGAAGAAACUGCUUCCCUCUGUAUAUUAGUGUUUGUAUUUUUCAAUACAGAAUGAUUGCCACAGGAAAUUAUCUAAA